AUGUCAAGCGAACCAACGAUCAGCAUAGACAAUAAUAUCCCUAACAAUAAAUCAUCAUCUCCUUCUUCCCUUUCAAUAACCAAGUUCGAAGCCGAUGACGAGGAUGAACCCGAGUUAAAUGAUCACACCAUUACCAAUCAUAACGAAAAUAAAGGCUUGUAUUACUUAUUGGCCUCUCAAUUAUUCAAUAGUAUUAUGGUAAUUUCCACAAAACUAUUGGAAACAGAUCCCAACUUUAAAGAUGAUCCAAUUAACCCGUUACAAAUCUUGGUUUUUAGAAUGUUAAUCACCUUUAUAGGUACACUAAUAUACAUGUUUCUAAAUAAAAAUCAUAUCAAUGACGUCCCAUUUGGCCCAAAGCCAAUGAGAAAGUGGCUAGUUUUAAGAGGGUCAUUAGGGUUUUUCGGUGUUUUCGGGUUAUAUUUCAGUUUACAAUAUCUAAGCGUUAGCGAUGCCAUUGUUAUUACAUUUUUGGUGCCUAGUGUAACUGGUAUUUUAGCCACCUUAUUAUUACGUGAACGCUUUUCUAAAAUGGAGGGCGCAUGUGCCUUAACUGCCUUAUGUGGAGUUAUAUUGAUCGUAAGACCGUCCUUUUUAUUUGGGGGCGAAGAUGACAUUGCUGAAGGUGAAGAUGAUAGUGCUGAAAGCAAAAACGCGAAGAAGAGAUUGAUUGCCUCCAUUGUUGGCUUGGUCGGCGUGUGUGGUGUUAGUUCUGUUUAUGUAAUCAUUAAGCAUAUUGGCAAAAGGGCGCACGCCAUAAUGAGUGUCACCUAUUUUUCAUUCCUAUCCUUUUUAAUAUCUUUAUUUGGUAUAUUGUUUAUACCUUCGAUGACUUUCAAAACACCUCAAACUAAGGGACAAUGGUCUCUAUUCUUUCUUAUUGGAUUUAGUGGGUUUUUCAUGCAAUUGUUGCUAACAUUAGGAAUUCAAAUGGAAAAGAAAACUAGUAGAAGCGCAUUGAUGAGCUAUUCGCAAAUUAUUUAUGCUGUUUUUUGGGAUUUGAUUAUUUGGAAACAUUUACCAUCUUUGACUUCAUUAUGUGGCAUUAUAAUUAUUGUCAGCUCAACAUUAUUUGCAGUUAAAUAUAAAAACAAUCAUGGUGUAAACAACGGUUCUAAAUUCGAAGGGGUACAAGAUGGUGUUAUAGAUAAUGAGAUGAGUUUGGAGGGAAAUGAUGAUAUAGAUUUUGAAUUGGAUGAUAUUGGAAAUAAUGCAGCUGAAUUUGAAACGCUAGAUACUAAUACCGCCAAAAAUCCUGUAAACUCCGCAAAGGAACUACACAUCUUAUAA